UGCAACGGGAAGAGAGUCAGAUGCAGUUUCUCUAGUAACUGCCGAGCAAACCUAGAGCAAACAGUUUCCCUUGGCACACUGCUGGCAAGAGCCAGCUCUGCAGAAGCUUUUGCACUUUUGAUAUGGAGCACCAAUAGCACUCAGUGCAUCUUGCUGGUGGCAGCCUUCCUUCUGCACAGCACCUGCAACUACAGGCACCUUCAGGACAGCAGCUGAAGUCACAACCAUUGAUGUGAGGUCAAGAACCGUGAGAUGUUUCUGUAAGGGACAACAUCUGAGAUGGCAAAUCUCCUUAGGGAAAAGGCCUCUCCGUCUGCUUCUAUGGCACCCAAAGCAGCCUGAAGCUGCAGGUAUCACCCCAGAGGGAUGUGCUGGACCUUCGGAGCAUCAGACCUGGAUCUCCCCUGCAGCUCUGGCCCAACCCGCAGCCAUUUGUGCACAGGAGAAGGCAGAAACUUGUGCUCCGUAUUGACUUUGCCCAUAGAAACCUCCUCUGCAACAAAGCUCCCUGUCCCAAGAGCCGUGCGGUCGGUUCGGAGCGUUGGGUCCAUCCUCCAGGCACCAGCCCUGAGUGACCAUGGAGACAGAGCGUACACAAAGGCUGCAGGCGUGGGGCUGACCCACAGCCAGGCUGGGGCCACUCCAGCACUGACAUCCCAUGGGGAGAGAUGAGGACCCAGGUGCCACUGUAGGGUCCAUCCCAUCCCCGUGUCUGCCUGGGAAAGUGGUACCCGGUGGGUGGAAAGAAAGGAAAGAAGUUACCCAUUUUUCUCUUCCUGAUAACUAUUUCUGAGCAUUCUGUUACAGAUUCAGCCCCAGCAGGAUUUUCACAAGCAGUGCCUUGCAGAGCAGGCAGCGCCGUCCUCAGGCUGUGGGGCAGGAGUGGGGCCACCAGAUGGAGAGGGGCCAUCAGGGCACAGCCCCACACAGCCCCACACAGCCUGACGGGCCCCUCAUCUUUGCUGACUCGAGCCCAGCUGAUGUGGAGUUCGCCCGCAUCUUCUGGAACACGGCCAUGCUGCCGCCGCUGUUUGAGUCCUACCUGGGACCCGCCAACCUGAGGCAUGAGGGACCUUCCCUUGGGCAGACCCCAUCCCUUGGGCAGGCCCAGACCCAGGGAUGGACCCCAUCAGCAGCUCACAGCGUGCAGGAGGCUGAAGCAAAAGAAAGAUACCGUCAGCAGGCCAAGAAGAGAGAAGAGAUAUUGGCUUUGCUGAGGAAACAGAGAGAAGAAAGGAUUGCGAAAGAGUUGAUUUCUCGUCCACAUAAACCAAAGAUGAGAAGUGACCAAGUGAGUGGGCAGAAGGCGCCUGAAGCAGAUCAUGAGGACCAGGAAGCAGUGAAGGCCCUCAAGUAGUUCAGCCCAGUUCUGGAGGUGACGCCCUGCGCUGCUCAGGACUUCAGACUGUACAUCUCUGCUUUGGUCACACUUGUUGCUUACACCGAGAUGCAGCACGACUGGGAUGGGACUGCAGCAGCUUCUCAACCCAGCCCAAAUUUCCCAGUUCUGUUUAAGUUAAAAGGAACAGUUUGAGCUUAUUGAGCUGCGGUGCUAUGUUGUGCUGUUGGUGGAUUUGGAAGCCCUCUUUAUUGCUCAAUUACUUUGCGUCCUACAGCACUUUGCUCCCAGUUGGGUUCUUCUAUUGGAAGAGAAGCAGGUAGCAGGGUGUGUAUCCGCCAGUAAUGGAAGCAAACAAAACGCUGCUGUUUGCCAUGGCAGUAUAACAAGGUUUUCUUUCCUUCAGAGUCAGUACAGAAUCAUUUUGCAAUGUGUUCAGCAGACAUCCUGCCAUAGACUAUUUCCUUUGUGUCAGGUGCUGUUCCUGGAACUCCUGUUGUACUGGUGGAGCUUUGGGAUCAUCUCAAAGGCUCAAGUUCAGCCCUAAAUCCAGGUUGAGUCAGUUCAGUCGCUCAGUUAUUCCUUGUAUUCAAGGCAUUUCCAUGUGAUAAUAGUAAGAGUUGUGUAAUCUCUUUGCUUUCCAUGUGUUCCUUCUUCUUCUGUUUCUUCCCUUCUUCUUCUCCUCACUUCUCUCCAUCCUUCCCUUUCCUUUCUCCCUUUUCCUUCCCUGGGAUGGAUGUGAAGGCAGGGCAUGAAGCUGACAGGACCAGGCUCUGCCAGGCUGGGAGAUCAAAGGCACAAACCAAAACACCAAGUAAAGCCCAGAGCACUUUAUUGAUGGUCAAACGUCAGCACUGCUAUUACAGACAGCCCAUGGUCUCCACUCACAGAGGUAUUCAAAGCCCCAGCAGGGAACAUGGAUGAUCCCAUGGAGCCCAGCUCAGCCCCAUGGUGUUGGCUGAAGGUGUGGAGCUUCCAGCAGGGGGGUCAGACUCACUGAUCUCCACUGGUCCCUCCCAAACCCUCCGGUUCUGUUGCUCAUUCACAGCAUCCCUCAGUGCAUGAUGGAGGCUGGAUGCUGCUGUAAUGCAUGACGGGGGGUUGGUGUGCAAGGCAGGAGGGUGGCAUGGUAUGGGCUUAGCAUGGAAAAGAAAGACAUGAGAGCGUGCUGGUGAUCCAGGGAGCUUUUAUUGAGUUUAAAUCAACAAAAAUCAGGAUUUUCUCAUGUCGUAUUUUUGCACUCUGAACUCGUGCAACUCCCCGAGUCGGUGCUGUGCCACAAACACAUCCAGAAACACAGCCCAACCGAGUGGCAGCUCCGCUGGACAAUUUGCCAAUUACCCAAUUGAACCAAAAGCCAAUUUGCCCCUCCCCCCACCCCCCCAUUUGCAAUGAUUUGUCCGUGUUGUUCACUGAUUAACAGCAACUUUCAGCUUCUUGCCCAGGGAGCGGUGGGUGACGACAGCCCACCUCGACCGCAAUCAUUUUAUCUUCAAAUAAAGUUUGUUUUAUUCUGUAACGGGAACAAGGACUGUUUUCUUCUCCUGCCACCCCUUCCCUUGAAUUAUUGGUUAAAAUACAGCAAGGCUGUAUCUUAAUAAACCCAUCCCUCCCACCACCCCUCCAUACCCUUCCCUCGCUUUGUCUAGAGCAGGGUUUAGAAACGCUUCUACACGGACACGUCGACAACACAGCAGUGAGCUGAGCAACACACAGCACAGCCUUACCACCAAGGCCAGCUGCACGCUCUGCUCCAGAGCCCUCAUUUAUCAUCAACUCCAAUUAGAGACUGCAAGCUGACAGCAACUGGAAAUGCUUGUUGUGCCCAACCUUCACAGCAGGAUAAGGCCACUGUGGCAUCCUGCAGCCCAGGAACCAUGGCAGGUCAGUACUCUGCUCAAGGCCUUCACCCUUCCCAUCACUUCAUUCAUUACAACAUGUGAAGUGUUUCUAAACCCUUGGAGCAGACAACCCCCCCCCCAACCCAAGUAAAAAAAAAAAAAAAAAAAGAAAUCAAAAAAAUCAAGAUCAGAAUGAGAUGAUUUGAUACCAACGUGUACACAACAAAUUCAUAUCGAGCUUCCGUGUUCUUACCCACAACAAUAACAAGUCCCAGAGGGCAAAGGAAAGAUGCUCCCAUCUCAUUCUGCAAAUUAAAACAUGUAUUUGAGACCAACCCACCCCCCACCCCCCGUGCAGGGAAAGCCCUCACAGCAACUGCGCUGUGCAGCUGCACACCCUGAGGCCAGCCUAGAAAAUACACUGGCUGCAGGUUGGUGUCAAUCUCCUUGCAGCCAUUUUAACUCAACUGAAAGCGUUUUAGACUUCUGGGAGAG